AAGUUCGUGGAAAUCAUGGUUAACCUUCUGGUGCUGAUUUGUGUGGGCGCUGCCCAAGCCUCUGUCGCAGGCUUCACCUCCCUUGGCGGCUUAGGCACUGGAUCCUUCGGCCUGAAUUCGGCCUAUAGCCCGUUUGAGGGCACGGAGCUCCAGGAGGUGAGGGAGCUAGAUAUGCAGUUCACCCAGAUGAGAGCCCCUUGCGUGUAUGGUGGGGUAGCCUUCAGCCUAACAGCAGCAGUGCUCACCCUGGUCUUCCUCAUUGUGGGGGCAAAGCCCAUCCAGCAGCUCAGGAUGGGGCUGCUGGCAGGUGAAUGUGCUUUCAGCCUCCUGGCUGGCGUGGCGUACGUCACAGCGGUCGGCCUCUACCUGCAUUUUGUCAGCCAGGUGAACUCGACCGAAGUUUGCAAGAGGCGAGAGAGGCUGUAUGCACGCCGUGGGUAUACCUCCAUGAACUGUGUGGUGCAGGGUGGUGAUGCAGCCGUUGGCCUUUUCGGUGUUGCUGCUGCCUGUCUGUACUUUGCCAGCUUUGUGGUCUGCAUCCUUGCUAUUCGAACCGUCCGGGCCUUCCAGAGCCACACGGCCAAGGUUCAGCACAGCCCCAAGAGCAGCAUUAGAGACAGAAGUGUCAGAAGCCACCAGACUGUCCACAAGGCCACUGGAAGCUCCCACAACGUCCAGGCUCUUGCCACGUUAGUGUGA